GUUUAACUCGCGCCUCGUUUCCGAGCGGAUCGGUUCUCACCUGCCACCCAGCCACCUACUACCUGUCUCCUAUCUUCCGGGACCUGCAGCUCCUUGGCUAGAACAAGGAGCACUAACGGCAAUUUAAUUAAUCGCCCAAGUGCCGAUAAGAUUGUUCUUUAAAAAAAUAAACUAAGUGUCACUAUUCGACGACUGAUAAUAUGCGCAUUGUAUAGCCAGUUCAAGAAACACUAGAUCAUUAUCUUAUCGGUGGCAGCCGAUGGACAGUUGAAAUCCCAAGACAAGACACUAUCAUACCAAUCCCAAAAUGACGGAAGUGAAGAGAAGGGGAUCCAUGCCCCCACCGGGUAAUUACUUGUGUGGAAUGGCCAACUGGCACCCGGCCUGGCUCCAAAAAUACGCCACCACCAAGAUGUUCAUGGGAGUUUACGGAUUGCUGGGCACCAUUCAGGCCAUGUCUUAUAUGUACUUCAUCGUUACCCUGACCACUCUGGAGAAACGCUUCAAGAUACCCAGCCAGACGACAGGAAUCAUCCUGAGUGGCAAUGAAAUCUCCCAAAUCAUGCUCUCCCUCAUCCUAUCCUAUAUUGGCGGUCAACGGAAUCGCCCGCGUUGGAUAGCCUGGGGCAUAGUGUUCUGCGGGCUAUCCUGCUACAUCCUCUGCCUGCCACACUUCAUCUACGGAGCUGGUCACGAUGUGCUGCAGUUCACCAAGGAGUACCAGGAAGGAUUACUGAAUAGUAACUCCACUGCAGGAUUACCCAUAUUGCAGAAUGUAACCUCCGCCCAAAGUGAACAGCUUUGUGGAGCUGGGAAGAAAGAGGAGGACUGCGAUGAACUCUUCAGCAUUGUGCCCUUGGUGCUCAUAUUCCUCUCACAGUUCGUGCUGGGCGUGGGCAAUACCAUGUACUACUCCUUGGGACAGACCUACUUGGAUGACAACACCAAGAAGACCAACACUCCCCUGAUGCUCUCGGUGGCCAUGGCUCUAAGAAUGAUUGGUCCAGUUGUAGGAUUCUUUUUUGGAUACAUCUCCCUGAACACCUUCAUCGAUCCCAGCAAGACCCCACUGAUCGACAAAACAGAUCCUCGCUGGCUGGGAGCUUGGUGGCUGGGCUGGGUCAUCUUGGGUACACUGAUGUGCCUGUUUUCUGGUCUCAUAGGCCUAUUCCCGAAACAACUUCCCAAGGCUGAUGAUCCGGAGAAGACCAACUCCCAUCUGCCGCUGGCGCUGCGCCAAACCAAGGAGGAACUGAAGCGGGAGGAGAACCUCUCCCUGAGCAGUCGCUUCUCCUCCAACGCCGCCUUGGACAAUAUUGGAGCGGCUGCGGGAGGAAAUGCGGACUUGCCGAAGCUGAAGGACUUUCCACGUGCCCUCAUGCGACUCUUGCGAAAUAAGCUACUGAUCUUCAACAUCCUGUCGGGUGUCUUCUAUAUCCUGGGAGCCUCGGGAUUCAUGACCUUCCUCACCAAGUACAUGGAGGUGCAGUUCCACAAAAACUCGCAGGAGGCCACAAUUAUCGUUGGUCCUGUGUCCAUUUUGGGCAUGGUAGUGGGUCUUAUCGGAUCUGGUUUGGUUUUGUCGAAGAAGAAACCUCACGUGAGCAAGGUCCUAUUGUGGAACGUGAUGGUGGGCUUCAUCUACAUGAUGGGAAAUAUAUCCUAUGCCUUCCUCUACUGCCCGGACUCCUUCUCCAUGACCCAUGUGGGGCAGCUUAACCUGACGAGUUCUUGCAACUCCAACUGCUCGUGCCAGGACAUCAGCUACACCCCAGUAUGCCAUGAGCCCACGGACACCACCUACUUCUCGGCCUGCCAUGCCGGCUGCCGUGGCUAUAAUGCCACUUCCAAGAUCUACGAAGACUGCAGUUGCCUGGCCAAUGCCAAUUCCCCGCCAAGUGCCGCCGAAAGGUUCUUGAAACUAUUGGAAGCCACACCAGAGCCGGAAUGGGAGAGUACUACGGACCUAGGAUUCGACGAAAUCCCUCUUCUGAAUAACGAAAACGAUUUCAACGAGGAGCCGAUACUGCGGAAAAAGAGGUCCCUCCCGGAAGAGGUGGUUCGGCCAGGAAUCUGCACGAAGAACUGCAAUUGGAGCUUCUGGAUGUUCUCCAUUACCUCGAUGGUGAUAAACUGGUUCGGCUCCUCGGGACGCGUGGGCAAUGUCCUUGUCAACUAUCGCGCUGUAGCGCACGAGGACAAGUCCUUUGCCCAGGGAUUAGCCUUGAUGAUGAUCAGUUUGUUUGCCCUGAUCCCGGGUCCGAUUAUGUUCGGACGCCUCAUAGACUCCACGUGCUUGGUGUGGUCCCAGACUUGUAAUGGGAGUGGAAACUGUCAGUUGUAUGAUCAAACCCGGUUCCGAUAUUCUCUGAACUUCCUGUCCUGCGUCCUCACAUUCAUUGGCAUGUUCUUUGACUUCCUGGUGUGGUACUACGGCCGGACUCUGGACAUCUAUGGCGACAAGGAGAUCAAGGAGGAGGAGCGCGCCAACAGAAGAGAUCAACCCAUUACUCCGCUGUUGGCCAAAAAGAAUCAACAGGAGGAAUACUAGUGGGUAGUCCCACCCGUGAUACUCAAUUCUAAGGAGUAGAGUUUAAAAAAUAGUUUCCUAAACCGUUUCAAGGACAUUCCCAGAUCAAAUCUGGGAGUUGAAGUGAAAACGAUUUGGGAAGAUCACCUGUAACCUGCAGCCAUAUGUACAAACCUUCCAAUACAGACCUUUUCAGUAGGAUAGUCCUCUAUAUGAUGUGCAUCUUGGAUCAAAUUUGUAAAUUUGUGUUUUACAUUUUUAAGAAUAAUUCACAUACUGCAGUAUGCUUAGUGUAAUAUAAAUAAAAAAGAAUUUAUUUGUAUCUAUUUCUAUGAAUAAACAAAAAUAUUUUAAAAGUCUGUCUCAUUAUUUUUUUAAAUCAUAAACCCAAUAAAGUAAAUUUUAAUUAAAGUAUAUUGUUUUUCUUUCAUUUAUAUUUUCAUUUUUUAGUUUUUCCUUUUCAUUUUUAUUGAUAAAAAAUGUUCAAAUUUAUGCAGAUCGUUUUUGUUUCAUUUUUUCUGUUUUUUUUUUUUUAUACCUGUUGUAUAUGUUUAAUAAUAAUACAUUUAAAUUUCGUUUAUCUGUAUAAAUAUUCCCGCUUUGCUUUAUUAUUAAUAUUAUCCGAUCGCUUCUAUUUGUCAAAUGGCAUAGUUUCCGAUUUCCAAUUUCCGAUAUCCGAUUCCCGUUCAGUGUUAAUGUUUUGUGGAUAAAGAAUUAUUUUCAAUAAGUUCCCGCGUAGUCAACAAUUAAAUCGAACUUACUAUAUUACUAUAAGAAUUAUUUAUUUCUCGAGUUUCGAUUCUUAGGAGGCUGCUGCGAAAAGCGUUCAAGCGUUCAAAUUUUGAUAUCCUUCAGAUUUGAGUGUUAUUUCAGUUAAUUAAAUUAACUAAGAUAGGGGCAAUGGGUACUACUAUGAUUAUUUUAAUAUAAUUGUCUUUUUAAAUGGGCAACAAUUUUUGAUUUUCGGUUAACAAAGACUGGAGGGGAAAAGAUAAGAACGAUUCUGAAAACAUGAAUGUUUUGAAACCGCCUUGGUCCAGGAUCUGGAUGAGUUCAAAAAUAAAGAAUAACGAAAUAAAUAAAUGGAUGUUUUUGGUUUCUGCUUAAUAGCAAAAGGCAUUUAUUAUUAAUUUUUUUUUUGUUUCAAUAUCGGUUUCGUGUCAACUCUCACGAACGAAUUCUUCAAUUAACUAAAUUAUAAGAAAAUGAAAUGUGUGUGUGCUUUUUUAUGCAAAAAAUUAAAUUGGUUUAUCAAAGGAUAAUUUGAAUUAAGAUUAAGGUUAACAAUUAAAGGUUUACGUAGUUGAUACAUGUUUCUCUGUUACUGUUUCUAUUAUAUGC